AAAAAAUAAAUAAAGAGCAGGGCAGAAACCCCCACCGCUCGCCCGUUCCGUUCCGAUCCCCUCUCCUCUCGUCCCCCGACUCCGCGCCGCCGGCGAGGGUUUGGCUCGCGCCGUCCGCCCCCACGGCCGCCGCCGCCCCUCCUCUCCCCGAGCCGCGCCUGCCCUCGGCGACGGGCGGGCGAGAGCCGAGCCCCCUGCCGCCGCCAGAUCCGUCGUCUUCGAGCUCAGGGACGUGCCCCGGCGCGCAGCCCGCGGGGACGCCGGAGAUGAGCUACAGCGGGAGCGGCGGAGGGAAGCGCCUCCGCACGUCGCCGAGCGAGGCGGAGGGCAGCCCCAGGCGUCGUCGUGGGUCGCCGUCGGUCUACUCCCCUUCGCCGUCGCCCUACCGGUCGCCCUCGCCGCUGCCGUCCCCGUCGACCUACCGGUCGCUCUCGCACUCGCCGUCGCCCUGCCGCUCGUGGUCGCAGAGGCCGCCAAGCAACGACGAUGCCGACGAUCUGAGCCGCAGCCGCGGGUCGGACGACCUCGACCGGCACGGGCGGAGGCCUGCCUGGAGGCCGCACGCGAACAAGGAGCUGGGCGAGCACGGGCGCACCGGCGAGUACAGCGUCCGGAUCGACGACUACGACCGCCUCUUCACCUGCAAGGCCUGCCGCCGCAUGCUCUCGCCGCCGGUCUACCAGUGCCCCUUCGCCCACGUCACCUGCUCGAGGUGCCACGAGGAAGUCGGGGACAACCGAUGCAGCUGCUGCGGCAGCGGCAAUGGCUAUGGGCGCAACCGCGUCGUCGAGGAGUUCCUAGGCCGCAUCCGCUUCUCCUGCCGCAACAAAGUGCAUGCCUGUGAGGCCUUCCUUCCGCACCACGAGAUGCGCCAGCAUGAGCAGACCUGCCGCCACGAGCCUAUCUUCUGCCCUGUCCCCCAAUGCGGCUUCGCCAGCCGGGCUGUUGCACUCACGACCCACCUCACCCUCCGCCACCACUGGGACACGAUCAGGUUUCACUAUGAUGAGAACUUCCGGGCCUCUGCCUUCACGUCGACCAUCUUUCAGAGCCGCGACGACGGCGAGCUGUUCUUCCUCGACAGCUUCAGCGAGGGCCGUGGCAUUGCUCUGUCCACGAUCUGCAUCCGCCCUGAGAAUGCCCGUGAGCAGGAGUUUGUGUAUGAGCUGAAGACGCCGGUAGGCAACGGCGGCAGACGGCCCUGGCUGCAGAUGCAGUCGACGGCGCGGAACACGUCGCUGCGGCACGGGCUGGGGGAGAAGGAGAAGGUCUUCCUGCUGGUCCCCAAGGACUUGCCGGGCACCGAGGAUGGCAACGUGGAGGUGUGCAUCCGUAAGCUUGGCCACCAGCGUGACUCUGUAUAGGUUAGGCGACCUUGGUUGAUGGCGAUACUCGCUGAAUUUUAUAGGAUUACUGCUAGUUGAUUCCGGUUCAUUGCUGAAUGUUGAUGUUGAGGUAGUCUGAAUUUCAUAUUGGUGAAUGCUUGGUCUGUUGUGGAUUUUUCGGAUGGUUGAGAUGGGGAAUGUAAGCACCACAUGUUGCUGUGUGAACUUCCAGCUAUAUGUAGAUACUCGUAGGCCUUUAUCUGAGGACGGAACUUUUAUUUAUUUAUGAUGGUCUCGCA